CUACGUCUGUCUGGUUCUAUCUCUGCCGUCGUGUCCCGCAACCCCGGCAUCAGGUGCUGCUUGGUAAGCGCUUACGUAACCGGCCACUGCGCUCGCCAGCCAAUGGAGGCCCUCAAAAUUAAAAGACAACGUAAAAUUUAUAACCAACACUUGUAUCAGAUAACCAACUAAUCGAAAAUGGGUGGUCAAGGUCCAAAGACUUAUAUGGGAUGGUGGGGCUCCAUGGGCUCCCCAAAGCAAAAGUACAUCACUUCUUACACCGUUUCUCCAUUCGCUACCAAGCCAUUGAAGGGUGCCUUGUACAACUCCGUUUUCAACGUGUUCAGAAGAACUAAGAACCAAGUCUUGUACAUCGUCAUUCCAGGUGUCAUUGUCUGGAACGUCUGGGCCAAGGCCAGAGACUACAACGAAUACUUGUACACCAAGGAAGGUAGAGAAGAAUUGGAAAGAGUCAAUGUUUAAGCAACCAGACUUAUGGUCAGUAUACCUCGCUAGGCUUGAUAUACCACGGAUCUUACCCUGGGCCAUGCAUUAGGGAGGCUGGAUCGACU